AUAUAUAACAUCUACAGUGAAGGCAGUCUGGAGUUCAGCGGUCUGUCCCGUCAGUUCCUCUUCCGUCGCCUGGAGCCUCACACUCUCUACACCCUGGUGCUUGAGGCCUGCACCGAGGCAGGCUGCUCCAGAACAGCCCCACAGCCCGUCACCACGGUGGAGGCCCUGCCCUCCUCCCAGCCCCCGCCCGUAGCCCAGUGGGUGGGGUCAAGCAGCGUGGAGCUCAGCUGGUCUCCCCCAGUUCAACCAAAUGGCAAGAUCUCCCAGUACCAGGUUAUGGGCCUGAGGUGGCCGGCUGAGGAAGAUGCCCCUGGGAAUGUACUGUUUAUAGAGAAUGAGACCAAUGGCCACACUUUCUCCCACAACGUAACCGGUCUGCAACCCUGGACAACGUACAAGUUCUGGGUACGGGUGAGGAACGGGGCCGGCUAUUUUGAUGGCCCCCAUGUGACGGUGCAGACCAAACAAGCCCCUCCGGAAGGGUUCGAGGCACCCAUUCUCACCCACCUGGAGGGAAGGCCGAAUGCGGUGGUUGUGUCAUGGAUGCCCCCUAGGGAGACCAACGGGGUCCUCUUAUCCUACCGGAUCCAGAGAGACGACUCCAGCUUCCUCUUCAGCUUGGACUCUAGCGUCCUGAACUUCACAGAUGAGGAUGUGAUGGCAUACACCAUAUACAGCUACGCUGUGACUGCCUGUACUGCGGCAGGCUGUGUCACUAGCCCCGCGACCAAAAUCAGAACACUAGAGGCACCCCCCGCUGUAGUAGAGCCACCAGUAGUGACUGAUAUCGCCACACAACACUUCAAUGUCUCCUGGACCAGACCACCGAUCCACAAUGGGGAGAUCACGCAUUACUCCCUGGAGUUAGACAGUGUGGAGUGCUACAGAGGGAAGAAGCUGUAUGCAUUUGCUUCGGGCCUCCAGCCGUACACAAGUUACCUGUUAGUCCUCAUCGCCUGCACGAACGGCGGCUGCACAUCCAGCUCGCCGGUGGCAGUCCGUACGGGAGAGGCUCCGCCCACUGGCCUGCACGUGCCGGCCCUGAGGGUCACGGGCUCCGAGUCAGUGGAGGUCGCCUGGGGAGAACCUGAGCACCCAAAUGGGGUCAUCUCCGCUUAUGAGCUCAGAAGAGACGGUCUACUCAUAUACACGGGCAAGGAAACUCGCUUCCACGACUUCACUCUGCUGCCUAGUGUGGAGUACAGCUACACCGUGUCUGCCAAAAACAGCCAGGGGAGCACCAGCAGCUCACUCGCCACGGCCAGGACCAACCCAUCCGCACCAUCCGGCAUCGUGCCGCCAACUCUGCAGCCAUCCAGUUCAACUGACAUCCUCGUGGUCUGGGAACCCCCCAUCCGAACCAAUGGAAACAUCGUCAACUACACCAUCUACUGUCGAGACCCCGCUGAGUCCAGCCUCGAGAGCUUGGUCUUCUCUUCAGACCACAGUGCCUUCCUUAGUCGAUCUGUCAUGCUCUCAGACCUGAACCCAUAUUACAGAUACGAGGUUAGACUGGAGGCUUGUACUAUGCUGGGCUGUGCUUCUAGCGACUGGGUAGCCGUGCAGACCCUGGAAGCUCCCCCUGCUGGCCAGGUGGCACCAACGCUACAGCUGCAGAAAGACGCGAAUGGACUGCAGACCACCUUCCUGCUCUCCUGGCCCCCACCCUCACAGCCCAAUGGGAAAAUUUUACACUUUGAGCUAUACAGGAGGCUGGUAGUAGACAGUAUUGCCGCCCCACUGGCCACGCUGGUGUACAGGAAUGCUUCCACAUCGUAUCAUGACACCAAGCUCCGGCCCGACACUGCCUACGAGUAUCAGGUACUGACACUGUAGCAGGCUAAGCAGAGGUCUGCUCAUAUGAUUAUGUCAAGGUCGUCUUGCACUAACAAGAUGAUUGAUAUGAGGCAGAGCACUGAUCUGAACGUGGGCUGGCUCUACUGCUGAGCACGAGCAAGGGCUAUGGGUCUGAACG